CGCAACAAGCACUUCCAUCAUUAGCUACGCAUUUCGCGACAGUGAACUCACUAUAUAGCUGUCUUCCAACAUGAUCGAAGACGAAAUAUACCGGUCGUCCUCCCAGUUCCGACUGUGGUCCUUCACCGAAGCAUCACUGAAGCAGUUACGAGCAACCACCAACUCCGUCGCGAGUGACCGAGUGCGAGCAGCUCUACGAAGGGCACAAGACGCCCGAAGAUCAGCCACCUCCUCCACCACAGGGACACCAGCUCCCGGAAGUGAUGCGGAGAAUAAAGCAGCAGAAGAGAAGCAGAUUGAGUGCUUGACUCCCGAAGAAGAGCAACAAGUGGUGGACUACUACUCCGAACAAAUCAUACAACUAGGAGAGAACUACAAACCACCACUUCCCACCAUCGUGAGAGCCACCGCAAUCCAAUACCUCCGUCGCUUCUACCUCACCAACUCCCCGAUGACCUACCACCCGAAACAAAUCAUGCCGUGCGCCCUCUUCCUCGCCACCAAAACCGACAACUACUACCUCUCCCUACGACAAUUCGCCGAAGGCGUCCCCGGCCAAACCUCCGCCGACGACAUCAUCGCCCCAGAAUUCCUCGUCAUGCAAAGUCUCCGCUUCACCUUCGACGUGCGCCACCCCUUCCGCGGCCUAGAAGGCGGCAUCAUGGAACUCCGCGCCAUAUCCCAAGGCCAAGGCCAACCAGCACCACACCUCCAACCCUCCCAAACACCAGAAGACCUCCGCAGAGCUCUCCUCUCCCUUUCCCCUUCCUCCGCCACUGCAAACACCAUGAACGACCGCAUCUCCCGCGCCCACCACUCCACCCGCGAGAUCCUCAAAGCCGCCGCCCAAAUCACAGACGCCUACUUCCUCUACACCCCAGCCCAGAUCUGGCUCUCGGCAUUCCUCCUCGCCGAUCGCCCGUUGGCUGAAUUCUACCUCGACACGAAACUAGGCGGUCCCAUCAUAUCAUCAUCUAACCAUGACCAAAACCCCCUGUACGCCCUGCGCACGAAACUCCUCACCACCCUCGCAAACUGCUCCGCCCUCCUCCAAGCAUACAAACCCUUCGCGUCCGACGAAGCCCGCAUGAAGACCCUGAAACGCAUCGUCGGCAAGAAACUUUACCAUUGCCAGAAUCCAGAGAAGGCCAAUAUCGCAGGCCAGAAACGCAUCCCGGCCGCAGCCGCAGCCGCAGCCGCAGCAGCGGCAGCAGGCGAGUCAGGGACAUCAGAAAGCGAAAUGGAGCGUCUAGCAAAAAAGCGGAAGCUAGAGCGGGGAAAUGAGACGACGAAAGAUCUCUUCGGAGGGGAAUUAGUCACGCAAAGGACGAAGGAGAGGCAGAUGGAGGGUGAUCAGCAGCAGCAAUAGCAGCAAUAAAUAGCAGUAAUAAUGAACCUUAUGGUUCAAGUAUACUUUCUACACUAUAGUUGUUAUUAUUAUUGUUAGCUUUUUGGGGCGACGACGUCGGUGUAUCGUUGUUUUGAGCGUGCAGAUAGGCGCAAUAGAUGGAAAAGCAUGUUAUUGUCUUAGUUCUUCUUCAUAUUCAAAAAGAAAGUGAGUUAGGUGUUUCAGUUAGAC